CGGUGCGAGUAGGAAAGGGGGUGCUAUUUGAUAUAUUCCUGGCUGGAAAGUUAAUUGCUCCGCCCCCGGGAUACCGUGUGACAUGUCAUUUCUCCUUUUGAUGUUUAUGUGUGUGUUAUGUGUGUGUUUGUCCGACAGUGUUUCUCCUUCCCUCCGCUCCUGUAUAGAGAAAUAACAAUAAUAAUAACUUCAGCGGGUCAGUGGUGGACUGUAAGGACAGGAGACAACUUUGGCCAGCCACAGAACCCACCUUGAGUUAUUUUUUUUUUGUUCAUGAGCGUGUGUUGAUUUUUAUUUUGCUAAGAGGAGAACACCGUGGGGAAUUUGUCUGUCUGUCUCUCUCUCUCUCUUUUCAAUUUCUCUAUGUGCCAGCGACCAUGGCCGUCCCGGUUGCUCUGAUGCCACCAGCCCCGGUGAAUCAGACUCCAAUCUCGGCCCCUUCAUCCUCCUCCUGCUCCUCCUCGUCGUCCUCCUCGUCGUCCCCCGCGAUCUCCUCGAUCUCGGCUUCCUCGGCGGCUGGAGCGGCAGGGUCGACAGGGCAGAGUCUGUUCCGGGCGGACGGCAGCAGCAGCGGCGGCGGCGGCGGCGGCGGCGGCAGCAGCAGCAACAACAACAACAACAAGCCGGUUUAUUCCACGCCGUCCCCGGUGGAGAACACCCCGCAGAACAACGAGUGCAAGAUGGUCGAGCUGCGAGGGGCUAAGGUGGCCUCGUUCACCGUGGACGGACACGAGCUGAUCUGCCUGCCGCAAGCGUUCGACCUCUUCCUCAAGCACCUGGUCGGCGGGCUGCACACCGUCUACACCAAGUUAAAGAGGCUGGAUAUAACGCCCGUGGUCUGCAACGUGGAGCAAGUUCGCAUUCUGAGGGGGCUGGGCGCCAUCCAGCCCGGGGUCAACCGCUGUAAGCUCAUCUCCAGGAAGGACUUUGAGAUCCUCUACAAUGACUGCACCAACGCCAGUUCCAGGCCAGGAAGACCUCCCAAACGAUCCCAGAGUGUUACGUCGCCAGAGAACUCCCACAUCGUGCCACACACUGUCCCUGGACUAAUGUCUCCAGGAAUGAUCCCACCUACAGGUCUCACGGCGGCAGCAGCAGCCGCAGCAGCAGCAGCUACCAAUGCCGCCAUAGCAGAGGCCAUGAAGGCGAAGAAGAUCAAACUAGAAGCCAUGAACAGCUUCCACGGUAACAGUAACCAGCAUGGUACAGAGUCUGAAAAUGGUGACAUGAACUCCAGUAUCGGUAGCAGCGAUGGCUCCUGGGAUAAGGAGAAACUGCAGUCUCCCACUGCCCCAUCCACACAGGGCUCUGUCAGUCUUCCUCCCCUCUCCAGCCAGCACAACCUCGCAGUAAACCACUCCCUCAACUCCCUCCAGCAGAACCACUUAAUACCCAAUGGUCUGGAGCUGCCCUUCAUGAUGAUGCCCCAUCCACUCAUUCCUGUCAGCCUACCUCCGGCAUCGGUUACCAUGGCUAUGAGCCAGAUGAACCACCUUACCACUAUCGCUAAUAUGGCAGCUGCAGCCCAAGUGCAAAGUCCCCCUUCCAGGAUGGAAACCUCAGUUAUUAAGGAACGUGUUCCUGACAGCCCUUCACCUGCUCCGUCCCUGGAAGAUGGCCGCCGGCCAGGGAGUCAUCCUUCUUCCCAUCGGAGCAGCAGCGUGUCGAGUUCACCAGCCCGGACUGAGAGCUCCUCUGAUAGAAUCCCUGUCCAUCAGAAUGGAUUGUCAAUUAACCAGACCCUCCUGGGGUUGUCCCCCACUAUCCUACCUGGCCCCAAGGAAGGAGAUCUUGCUUGUCAUGAUGGAGGACAUGAAGCGAAAAGGAUGCACACUGAAAAAGAUGAGGUCCUGAUGUCCACUCCAACCACAAGGGAAUGUUUUGAGAAGCUUUCCCUGGCUGGCCAGCAUCUACCUCCAGGUUUUCCAACUCCUCUCCUCUUCCCUGAUGGACUUUCCUCCAUAGAAACUCUUCUGACGAAUAUCCAGGGGCUACUGAAGGUUGCCAUAGACAACGCCAGGGCCCAGGAGAAGCAGGUGCAACAUGAAAAGACAGAGUUGAAGAUGGAAUUGUUCAGGGAGCGGGAGAUGAGGGAAAGCUUGGAGAAGCAGUUAGCUGUGGAGCAGAAAAACAGAGCAAUAAUUCAGAAACGGUUAAAGAAAGAAAAGAAAGCAAAAAGGAAAUUACAGGAAGCACUUGAAUUCGAAACCAAGCGACGAGAACAAGCAGAGCAGGCGUUAAAACAAGCUGCCUCUGCAGACAAUCUUAGGGUCCUGAACGAUUCGGUGACCCAAGAGAUGGAAGCUGACCGCAGCACUGGACGAACAGAUGCUGAAAGGACAAUACAAGAUGGAAGGAUGUAUCUGAAGUCAUCUGUCAUGUACUGAGAUAACUGCAGUAACACGCCACAUGACACAAAAAGACAAUUAGGAACAUGAAAGAAACAAUGUAAAAAAAAAAGACAAAAUACUGUCCUCUACGAACAAGCGGGUUAACUGCGCUUUCGAGACAGCUUUACCCAGUCUGCAUAACUGUUACUGUGUCAUCCAUGAAAUGUUUGAUGUAUUACGACGAGAGUCCUCUCACAACAACUGACUUCGAUGGAAGAACUCUGAAGCAGACACUGUUGCUGAACUAGAAACAACCAAACUCAAAUAGUGACUACAUUCAGGAGGUCACUGCUGGCAGGCAUACGUGAAUAAAUGGCUCAAACAUGAGCUUUGUGCUUUUUCUUUUGGACUAAAUUAUGACCAGUGCUGACAAGUACAAUGUUAAGCACAUCACGCAAAAAAAAAUACUCACCAGUAGUCAAAAAGAAGCGAACAAACUUUUCUUUUUAAUGUUUGUUAUUCCCCCCUCUCUCUUUUUAUUCUUAUCAUUGCUGUGUUUCAACCCAGCAAGAAAGCUUCCGAACUUUUCUUUCCUGAACUCAAAGGAAUUUAACUGAUAGAACUGAGAGGUUAUUAAAAAGCAAACACUACAUCACUGUUGUGCAGAUGCGUGUUUCAACUGGGGAAAGAGAGAAAGCCACAUUGCGUAUUCAGGCAAGACUUAUGGAAGAUAAAACUGGCAUUGAGAUUUCUCAGCUUUAGGAAGCAAAAUUAAAAUAAAAACACACAGUAAACAAAAGUGAAUGUAAGUUGUUUUAAAAGUCACAAAAAAUAUACAUUUGUGCACUCCACCCUGACAUAUAUCUGUGAAUACUGUUUGCUUCUUUCAGCCAAACUACUGGUCGUGUGUAUAUAUGACACAGGGAGUAAUGUGUAUGCAGUAGAUUAUUAGAGAAUAAAACUACACUACUUUUGAAAUUUAGAUGCUGAUAUGUUUUGUCACUCUAUUUGUUCCAGAAACUGCAAUUUUUUUGUGAUGAAGCUCAUUAACAAAGCAUGCAGGCAUGUAAAUAUUUGUUCUCAAGUCACAGUAUUACUGAUCGGGAUCCUUGGUGUCUGCUGUGCGCCUCUGCAAAAUCAGCACGGUGGGUCGAAAGUUCCUCUCUGCCUGCCACUCAUGUGAAGAGAGCUUGUCACUAACUCUCUGAUACAGAACUGAUGAUAUUAAUUAAGAUUUGUGGCGGUUGCAGUGAGUUGGAUCAAAAUGCCACAGAAAUGUUUCUCAUUUUUUUUAAUUAUUAUUUUUGCGUCACCUUGAGGCGUUACUCUUCAAAAAAAAUAGGAACUUUGCAACACUUGAUGUAACAGUUGAAAAAAACCUAGCUGAGUGGUGAGUUAAAAGUCUGUACUCUCCCUGUGUAAUAGGGAAGGAUGGUUAUGUGUAAUUAUCACUGUCUUUGAUAAACUGUGUGUUCACCUUUGUGCAAAUAAUUGGAAGUAAACUCCAACACCGUGCUAAUUUGCUAGUGUAGCUUUUUCUCUUCAUUUUGCCUUUGUUCACUGCCAUGCUAACCCUGAAAAGACUGUCUUUGCAAAGAAAAAACAAAUGGCCACUGUUGACUACAGUGCAAAGGGAAUAAGUCAAACUGUACAGUAUUGUACCUUGCAAUUUUUCUUGGUCAUUGGUGAACUUUGAACCAUCAGAUCAGACAAGCUGAUAGGUGUUACAGGGCCUUCAGAAUUCUUUCAAGUUCACAAAUUGAUUUAAAAAAAAAUCUUUCCCUUGCCAAAGGAUCUAUUUGACUGGCCUUGUGAAAUCUGGUUGCGUCCACCAAGCAUUUUUUUUUUAGCAAGGGCGUAAGAAUAAGAAGAGAUGUAUUGAACUUGAAAUCACAGCUCAGAAAUAUAAGAUUAUGCAGCAGUAUAGGAAAGAACAAAAAUGACCAAAGUUGUUAUGAACCUGACAACAGCUUGUUUUCCGCAUGGAAACAAGGCACCUAGAUUUUUGAAAUGGCAUUUCUGAAUUAACCAGAUCCUGAAAUCUUGGAAGCAAGAUAUCCUUGGAAUAUACAAAUAAGUCGGCAUGAGGCUUUGUAUUCAGGUGGUGAUUAUGGGAUGACAGAUAUCUGAAAGAAAAGAUGAUGUGCAAGCUUAGCACCCAUGUAAUGAUUGAAGGCAUUAUCUGGCAGGUGAAGGGAUACAAAUUUUCCCUUGCCCUCCCACUACUGUGCAGACAUAGCAUCUCAAGAGUUGCAAAAGGGAGAAUGAGAAAGGGUGCCCCUUGUUUUUCUAGCAGCGAUGGUCUUGAAAGGGUUAACAGCUGUCUUGACGUGCAUUCUGGUAAGGAAAGCAAACUUAAUUGUCCAUGCGAUCUUUCUUUUAAGACGAGAGAAAAAAUAUUAAAACUCUUACCGAGCAUUUGUUGUUCCUCAGCUCCUUGCAUAGAGUCUUUACUUUAACGUAGAUCACCCUGGGACAAUUACCAAUCAGGACAUUUUCCAUUCUCUCAUAGAUUUAGUGCAAUUGUGGUGACUCGCAUUUCAACAGUUAACAUGCUACUGUCAAGACAUUAGACAAACCAUAUUCUGCCAAUCUAAAUCAGACAUUCCCACAUUCCAGUUGGCACAUGACACAAGUGGCUGGCACUUUGAUGGUUAAUAGCCUAUCAUCUUUUGUUGAGCUGUUUGAGAUGCCAAAUACUUUGGUUUUGAAAACAGAAGUGAAAAGGAUAAAAAGGAAGCUUAUAGGAACCCAAUUACUAGAGAAGGUUUCAAAGGAAAGAAUAUUUUAGAAUAUUAUUGCAAGUUUUCAAGGAAAAAAGUCAUAAGAAGGUUGUGCUGUAGUCUUUUUUUAAUUACCCCCAGUUCUGUUGUUUAUUAAACUCUGUUCAUUGACUCUCAAUACAAUACAUUUUCCCGUUAUUGUUUAUAUACUUUUUAUCUCAAGCAUUUUAAUGUUUAGCUAUCCUGUAUUAUAACCACAUUUGUGCUCUAUGCAAGCCCUUGGAACAGAACACACUCAUCUUCAACUAAGACAUACGAAAAUUGUCUAUUUUUAUCUAUAUAUUUAAAGUUUUCUAAAAAAAAAGGUUAUUACGAAUUUUGUUGUACAAAAUCUGUACAAAAAAAAUCUGUUUUUACAUCAUAAUGCAAGAAAUCAAGAUUUUUCUAUGGUAGCUUAGUUAUUUGAGCCUGGUUUAAAUGUGAGAACCACGUUUACUGUAUUGUAUUUAAUUUUCUUUCUUUUCAACAAUCUGCUAAUAAAAUUGUCUGAAAUCUC